AUGACGACGACAAAAACAUUUACAGGGGUGGAGCCCGGCGCAAAAAGCAGUUCCAGAGUUCUGCGCCCUCCUGGUGGUGGGUCCAACAUUUCUUUUGGUGCUGAAGAGGAGAAACCUGUUCGGGUAAACAAGAUGGCCUCCAGUGUCUUUGCUGAACCUGAAGACCCCUAUGCAAAUCGGAGGAAUAACCCACCAGGUGGAGCACCCACCGGUGUUCUUUGUGGGGAGUCCUGUGCUCCACUGAGAAGAAGAGACCCAUCCAACAACUCGGCAGCUACUGGGGAGGAACAGAGCAAUGCUGAAUCUGAGAAUGGUGCUAAUGCGGAGUUGUCCCCUGAGCAGCCAGCUGAUGAUCCUGGAGCAGGUCUCCCCUCCGGCCGCAGGAACCCUCCUGGGGGAAAGGGAGCGUGUGAGCAGUCAAACAUGGCCUCCAGUGGAAUUGUCCUUGCAAGUCUUCUCAUCAUGUCACUAAUGCUUAAAGCAAAAGCCUCAAGCAAAUUUGUGACUGUAUCUUGUCUGAAGUCUGAAAAUGUGGCUCAAUAUGGAACGAGCACGCUCUUGGAUUGUGUCGUCUCCUCCCCUACAACCAUUAAAAUUAUGUUUGUCAGCUGGAAACUCCCAGAAAAUAAAACUCUAUCGUACGACAUGGGAAAGGUCUCCUCUCCACCUGGAUUUCAAUUUGCUUCAAGUUUUUGGGAUGAAAAAAGCAUGAACGUGUCUCUAUUGAUCAGCAAUACUAACCUGGCCCACGCAGGGGUCUAUACAUGUGGUGUAAUGACAGACAAAGAAUUUGAUAAAGCCAAUGUACAUCUGAUCGUCAAAGCCAACUACAGCAAACCACAGAUGCGUUCUGAGCCAAAGAAAGUAACUGCUGAUAAGAGUUUCAGCUUGACAUGUGCAGCAAAAGGCGGCUUUCCGAAAGGCGAUAUCCGCUGGGUGGUGGACGGAGCUGCAUGGAGUAAAAACCCGGUUGUGGAAGUGAGAAAGGAUUCCAACGGCCUCUUCGAUCUGACAAGCACACUGACUUUUGGGCCUGACACGCAAUUCACAAAUUUUGUGUGCGAGGUGUACAAUGCCAAAAACGAGAAGGAAAGCCAUCAAGAGUUCAACAACAUAAUCACCGAUGUCAAAUCUAGUACCGGUGACAAGAACCCCACCGUAAUCAACAUCGUGGCUCCAGUGGUGGUCAUUGGGUCCCUCAUCGUGGGCCUGUUAGCGGCAUUGCUGUUCUGUCGAAGAAGACAACAGGCUCGGCGGCCCUCUGCAGUCCCUCUCAUGAAUGCCGCUCCUCCUCUUGAUGUGGAACAAUGUGACAAAAUGAUACCCUUGAAUGCACCAGUCCCAUGA